GACACAAACUCGGGUACAGCGCUUCACUGUGAGAUGUUGCGUUUUUAUUCAUCGGUGCAGAACGUCUAAUAUUUAUGUGAAAGGCUGUAAACAACCCCUUCUCAUCGAAGAGGCAGUACAGUAUCUAAAAUGAGUCACGAUAAGGGGAGAGAAGAGAAAGAUGUCAAGAGAGCAGGAUCUCCAGAACCAAACUGGGUGUCUAAGAAGAGUGACAGCUGUGCACAAAUUAACAUCAGCGAUGAACCGGCAAGGUUUGACCCAAGUGGUGGAAAGGAUCAUCUAUACCACAAUCAGUCUAGAUGUGGAGUUUGUGAGCAGGUUCUGAGAGACCCGGUCUCUAUCUCCUAUGGACACAGUUUCUGCAGACAGUGCAUCAAUACAUACUGGGAUCAGUCCAGACCAUCAGAAAACUAUGACUGUCCUCAGUGCAGAAAGACAUCUAGAACAUAUCCUGUUCUACAAACAUACAACAUUAUUGGAAGAUCCAGAUCUGCUGAUUCUGUUCAAUAUUACACUCAAAAAGCCCAGCAGGAGAAAACAAGAGACCUACAGAAACCAGUUGAUGAUAAACUACGUAGGUUCUGA